UUAAAUGAGGCAAUUAUCAGAAAACACAAAGAACAAAAAAUAAGGAUAAAAUACAGUCACUGAAGCAGAAAAGCAAAGUUGGCAACUAAUUGCCCUAUAGAUUCCACUGAGGUACAGGAAAUCAAACAAUUAGAGUCGUACAAAAUAAAAGAAUACAAUAAUCACUGACAACAAAAAAUAUAGGCCUACUGAAAAAAAAAAAAAAAAAAAGCUUUCCUACACCCUUUAUCAAGACGGCCUUACAACCCCCUUACAAAGCUUUGCUGUCCCCUAAUGGGAGUCAGGACCUUCAGACUGGGCACCAGUGAAUUAACCUAUAUCACCAUGUUAAUGGAAAAAUGUCAUAACACAUGCUCUGCCUGUCACACAGUCCCCUCAGGUUCCACGGCUGAAAUCCGAGCCUUUGUAUCUCCGAUCAUUGGGGUCGUUAAUGUCGUUGAUUAACCAGACAGAGUAUCAAUAAUUAACUGCGAACGAUAAAGACCCACACCCUCUGUCACACUGCUAACCCUUCAGCCCUCAUUUAGAUUCAUUUAAUGACGCUGCGGCCUGGAAAACAUUCAGUGGCAUUCACUCUGUGGAAAAACUGGAACCUAAUGAAGGAGGCACUUUGUAACUGCGGCAGAUCAUUCAGAGUUGUCCUGGUUGCCCUCGGCUUUGAUAAGUUCCCUCAACUCCAGCUGUCAGUUGUGUGAAUGUGACUCUCAGACGAAAGGCAAAUCACUGUGAUCAUUUUGUAGAGAGGCUGUGUUUGAAAAUCUGUGGCUCGGUUUGCAAAAAAUAUCAAGGUAGAAGAGAGCGUUUCAAUUCACUUCCUCUUUCCCUCAUCUUUUCCAAUGACUGUCUCAUUGUGUGCUCGUGCCUGCACUCAGGUAUCUGUCUUUGACGUCAGCAGGAUAUAAUAUAAAUGUAUAAAUGUGUAUAUAUGUCACAGAAAUCACAAAUCAGUAUUAAAGGUAUGUUUUAAAGUAGAGAAACAACACUAUAUGCAGAUAAACGCAGUUAAAUCCCACACAAACAAUGGUUUAAAUAUGAAUUAUAGCACAGUUAAGCAUGAUUUUUACACCCCAACUUCAGCUUUCUCUCCAGUCCAUCCUCCUGCCUGUAUACCUCUACCUGGUGUGAUGGGAGGAGCCUCGGGUUAUCGUUAAUGAUUCAACACCAGAGCUGCUGAGAUUGACAGAUAGACAUUGAGAGUGAGGAAGAGAAAGAGAGGAGAGAGAGCUGGAGAGAAGUAAAAAUAGUAAAAGCUGAGGAGCAGACAUGGCAGUGUAAGCUGAGAAAGUGUGCAGCCGCGGUGGACCAAGUACUGCUACGGAGGUUGCAGAGUGCACGCUGGUAUCUGCUCAGGUGUGUCCGGGGGUCACGGAGGUCAGAAAUUUAUCAAGCAACUCCUCUACAGCUGGAAGUGGAUCUUGUGAGCGGUUCGGGGUGAUUAUUGUCCCCUGUAUGAUCCAUGUGGCCUUUAUAGGCUGGACAGACGUUCAUCUACUCUCCUGAUCCACACACAGCCUGCAGUCAUGGAGAAGCAAAUAGAGGAGCUGAAACAGCAGCUAGAAAAGCAGUGUGUGAUCAACCAGGAGCUGCAGAGGCAAAACAAAGACCUGGAAAAACGACUGCAGGAAAAAGAAAAACUUUUGCAAGAGCUGCACAGUCAAUAUCAUGAUCUGGACUUUCACUCUCAUGGUGAUAAUGAAAUCGAAGCAGAGGUCAGGAAGAGCCGUGCGGCCGUCAUUGCCACUGAACCAAUCCCUGAGACCCUGGAGAUUAAACGCAUGAGGGUCAAGAAAACAGCUAGCGAGACGAAUCUGAUCGUCAAAUCCAUCCAGAAGAAUGACUUCCUGAGCCGCCUGGACGAAGAGCAGACAGCCAUGAUGGUGGAUCUCUUGGCGGUGUCUAACUUCAAACCGGGGGAAGACGUCAUUCAAGAGGGCUCUGAAGGAGACAGCAUGUACAUAGUAGCAGCUGGUGAGCUCGUCGUCACCCAGGCAGGCAGGAGCCUCCGCAGCCUCACCACUGGAGAUGUGUUUGGGGAGCUGGCCAUCUUGUACAACUGCAAACGGACAGCAACAGUCAAAGCAAAGACAGCAGUGCGUGUUUGGUGCAUGGAGCGACAGACCUACAGGACGAUCAUAGCCAAUAAGUCCAAGAAGAAACGGGAGCAGCUCAUGGGCUUCCUGAAGACGUCUCGGACUCUGAAGGACCUGAAUGAUGUCCAGUUGUCCAAAAUCAUUGACUCCAUGGAGGAGGUGAAGUACCAGGACAAAGAUGUUAUAGUUCGAGAAGGAACAGAAGGAAACACAUUCUACAUCAUCCUCAAAGGAGAGGUCCUUGUGACUAAGAGUGUGAAUGGGCAUCAGAAGCAGAUUCGUAGGAUGGGAAAAGGGGAGCAUUUCGGGGAACAGGCCCUCAUUCGGGAAAUCUUGAGAACUGCCACCUGCAGUGCUGACGGCCCUGUUACCUGCUUUUCCAUUGACAAGGAGGUAUUUGAAGAGACAAUACCCAUAGAACACCUGGAGCUGUUUGACGACUCCAAAGUGAUGCAGGAGGCACAAGCUCCACCAGAAAAAUCCAGUCCCAGCUCCACUCUGAGGUUUAAGGACCUGGUUCCUGUGCUGUACCAGGAGGGCCGCUUUCAAGGGGAUCCUGUCACACUUGGAGUUGGAGGGUUUGGCCGUGUUGAGCUGAUGACCACAGUGAAUCAUGGGAAAUACUACGCCCUGAAGCGAGUCAGCAAGAAGCACAUUGUUGCCAAGAGACAGGAGGAGCACAUGCUGUUUGAGAAGAAGAUCCUUAAAGCUAUCCAGUGUGACUUCAUUGUCAGACUUCACGCUGCCUUUAAAGACACACGAUAUAUCUAUAUGAUCAUGGAGUUCUGUGGUGGAGGAGAGAUCUGGACCAAACUCAAAGAAGUAGGACGUUUUGAUGAGUCCAUCGCUGUGUUCUGCACUGCCUGUGUGGUGGAGGCCUACGUCUACCUCCAUAAGAAGAACAUCAUGUACAGAGACCUGAAACCUGAGAACCUGAUGUUGGACGUAAAGGGUUACGUCAAACUGGUGGACUUUGGUUUUGCCAAGGAGUUGGUGCGUGGAGAGAAAACCUACUCAUUCGUGGGUACUCCUGAGUACAUGGCCCCAGAGAUCAUCAAGAACCAGGGUCACGACUUUGCAGUUGACUUCUGGUCCCUGGGCAUCCUGAUCUAUGAGCUGUUGGUGGGAAGCCCUCCCUUUUCAAGUUCAGAGCCUCAGAAGAUUUACGCCAAGAUUUUGGACGGGGUGCUCAAGUACCCACCUUACCUGACUGAGGCAGCCAAGUCCAUUAUCAGCAAACUGUGCAGACCUCGGCCGGGUCAGAGGUUAGGAAACACCAAGAAUGGAAUCAAAGAUGUCCGGCACCACAGGUGGUUCAGCAGUAUGAACUGGCACAAGCUGCGCGUGGGUCAGCUCGACGCCCCCACAGUCCGGCUCAUACGCAAGGGUCCCUGCUACAUCAACUUUGAUCGUUUCCCUCUCGAUCAGACCAAAGCAGACGAGGAGUUCUCUGGAUGGGACCGUGACUUCUGAAAUUUGACUUCUGAUGUCAAAAAGGAUCAAACGCCUCAAGAGUUGCCUUCAACACCUAAAUAUGGAGCCAAAUAAGAACGACGUCAGUGUCAGACAACACAUGAUGGCAGUCGGAGCUUCAUAUUGAAAAAGCACAACCAAUUUCAAACUAAUUUAAUUAUUAACUUAGAGUGAAACUGCAGGAAACCACCUCUCCCUGAAACUUCUGUUGCCAUAGAGAGACGACCAUCUAGGUGGCAAAGGGCCAAAAUAUGAGGAGGUGUUGAGAGAAGAUGUUAGGACAUUCUGUCUGAUUCAGUGCCUGAUGAAAAGUGUUAACAUCAUCUAUAUAACACUCACUGAUUAGAAUAAAAACACCCGUCCAUGUGCUUGUUAGCUGAGAAAAAAAAAAGGCUUGAGUCAUGUUGUACAAUCUGUACAAAAGGCCAGCUCAACCGAGCCUGACAGUAAAAUCGAUACUGAUGUCAUAUCUGGAUUUUACCCCGAAUGUUUAUUGUCCUUUUGGAUCUAUGUUAGAUUUAGAGAUGAAACAUUCCUAACUGCUGAUAGCAAAGAUGGUAAAUGCUCUAAUAUUGUUCCACAUGUUGCGUUUUUUAUUGUAAACUGACAUUUUAUUGCAGUUUUUCCUUCAGUUUUGGAUAAUCUGCCCUCUUUUUCUGUGCAGAUUAUUUCCAAGCACCUUGAUUGUACCUUCAAAAGAUCAAAGAACAUCCUGAUAAAAAAGAUUUCUACAAGACCUCAGUUAAUAAAAGUGAUCUA